UAAAUCUUCAUUGAUCCUAACCUCAUUUCAUUUUCUUUCAUUAUUUAUCUUCGUUGUUUUAGAGUUUAAUUAAUUAGAAAUUAAAUGAAAUUGUCACUUAAAAAAUGGCUAAACGUGGAAGUGUAGAACUAUUAAACAUUGACCGUGAAAAUACACAGUACAACAAAAAUUUAAGCUUAGACUCCAUCCACUCAAAUUCACAUAAUUCCAAACAAGAUAUUGCAAGUUGGGGGAAGACGUCACCUAGUAAAAGUUACUGUUCGUCCAGUUCAACAUCCACUGAAAAUGUCGUUUCAACAUUAGAGCGCAGAAAAGUGAUUAAAGCUGCAAAUACAGAGAAUGUGCUAUUACGACCAGAAGAACCGCCACUUUUACAAGGUGAAAAAAUUUGCGGCCAGGCCAGGGAUGUCACAUAUUUGUGCCCAUAUUACGGACCUGCUCGUGGUGUCUUAACUGUUACGAAUUACAAACUGUACUUCAGAUCGGUUGACAGAGAUACGCCAAAUGUAGUUGACGUUCCUUUGGGCGUGGUUUCACGUAUUGAAAAAGUGGGGGGAGCUUCGUCACGCGGUGAAAAUGCCUACGGAAUUGAAGUAUUCUGCAAGGAUAUGAGAAAUUUACGUUUUGCCCACAAGCAGGAGAAUCAUUCAAGGAGGGAUGUUUUUGAAAAACUACAGCAGUACGCAUUUCCGCUUUCGCACAAAAUUAAAUUGUUUGCCUUUGAGUAUGCUGGGGUCUUUACUGAAAACGGCUGGUGUGUAUAUGAGCCCAUAGCUGAACUGAAGCGAAUGGGUGUAAAUAAUGAUAUGUGGAGAAUCACAAAGAUUAAUGAGAAUUAUGACGUUUGUGAUAGUUACCCGGUUGUGUGGGCUAUUCCCGCCCAAGCGACCGAUGAUGACGUCCACACAGUUGCUAGUUUUCGUAGCCGAGGUCGCAUUCCUGUUCUUAGCUGGAUACACACAGAAUCACAGGCCACAAUUACACGAUGCUCUCAACCGUUAGUUGGGGUUAGUGGAAAGAGAUGUAGGGAAGACGAACGUUACAUUCAGCUAAUAAUGGAUGCUAACGCGCAGUCGCAUAAGAUGUAUAUUAUGGAUGCGAGACCUAGUGCGAACGCAAUUGCUAAUAAAGCAAAAGGAGGAGGGUAUGAAUCGGAAGAUGCGUAUCAAAAUGCGGAAUUAGUGUUUCUUGACAUUCAUAACAUACAUGUUAUGAGAGAAUCGCUGCGUAAACUGAAGGAGUUGUGCUUCCCAAACAUUGAGGAGACUAGAUGGUUAUCGGGAGUGGAAUCUACGUACUGGUUAAAACACAUCAAGUGUAUUUUAGCUGGUGCAGUUCGGAUUGUUGAUAAAGUCGAGAAUCAUAAGACUUCGGUGUUAGUCCACUGCUCAGACGGUUGGGAUCGUACUGCACAAUUAACGGCUUUAUCUAUGUUGAUGCUCGAUCCUUACUACCGUACAAUAAAAGGUUUCGAGGUACUCAUUGAGAAAGAAUGGCUAUCGUUCGGUCACAAAUUUCAGCAGCGUAUUGGACAUGGUGAUGACCAUCAUUCGGAUGCGGAUCGAUCUCCAGUUUUUCUGCAGUUUGUUGAUUGUGUUUGGCAAAUUACUCAGCAAUUCCCUAACGCUUUUGAAUUUAACGAACACUUUUUAAUAACAAUCUUAGAUCAUUUAUACAGCAAUAGAUUUGGUACCUUUUUGGGAAAUAGCGAAAGGGAACGAGUGCAAGAGGGGGUCAAAGAGCAUACUACCUCUUUGUGGUCGUAUACGAAUAGUCAGCUUGAUUUGUAUUAUAAUCCCCUAUACUGGGCAAACACCCAUCAACAAUUAGUGUUAAUACCUAUAGCCAGUAUAAGGCAUAUAAAAUUGUGGAAAUCGUAUUAUUGCCGUUGGAAUCCAAGUAUGAGAACUCAGGAAUCGGUAUAUCAACGAAUUAGGGAGUUGCUUAUCUUAAAAGAGCAACUGGAGAGACAAGUGGAGGACUGUAGGCGAGAGCAAGUUACCAGAAUGACGAGAUCAAAUGCAUCCCCAGCAUAAUCUUUAGAUAUUUUGCAAUUUUUAUUUCCUUUAAACAUAUUUAUUUUAAUUUUUAAUCUCUUAACAGUGAAUUUAUACUUUGUGUUAUAAUAAAUUGUAAUUGCACUAA